UGUUCGUGACGGUAGCACUAGUUGUAGAGUUCAAUCUGGGAAAAACACGAAAAAUAUAGCGAAACAUUGGAGGUUUUGGUGCAGAUUUUUCACAUUUUAUGUCAACUAAUUAGUUCAAUUAUUACCGUCAGCAUGCCUCUUACUUCUGCUUUACAAGCUCGAUUAAAGAAAAGAGGAAUCGUAUCAAAAGAUAAUGAUAAUACCAAGAAUGAAGAACAGAACUCAGAAGCUAGCACAGGAGAGGUUAAAGGCUGUCCAAACAGAACCAAUCCUUAUCAUAAAUGUGYAGAAUACUGUCAUAGAAGAUGGGGAUCUUCAGACCCUACUCAAGCUCCACACAUUAAGGACUACUGUCAUGUUCCUUUACCUCCUGGUUGGUAUUUCAUUACAGAUCACAGCAGUGGAAAACAUUAUUAUUGGAACACAACAACUAAUCAGGUUUCUUGGCUACAUCCUCUUGAUCCAGGUGCUGAAAUAACCCUCCCUGCAACAGUAUUGAACAAGCAACAAUCUAAAGAUAAUAAGAUAGAGCCAAACAGAGAAAUCCCAUCUCCAUUAGUGACAGCUGGUGAUACAACACAAGAAAAAGAGCAAUCAUUAAGUGUAGGGAAACAUCCAAGUCUUGUAAAGGGAUCACAAAAACGACAAGAAAUGGCUGAAAAAAGAAAGCUCAAUGAGAAAGAAACUAAAAAUAAGCGUAAUCGUAUGGAUGAGCUGGACCCAAUGGACCCGGCUGCAUACUCAGAUACUCCAAGAGGUGACUGGAGCACGGGUCUUCAACAGAAAGGCGAUGCUAAGACAGGAGCAGACGUGACGGCAUCUGGCCCACUSUUUCAACAAAGACCCUACCCUAGCCCUGGAGCUGUUCUGCGUCAGAAUCAAAAACUCGCGGCUGGUGGUGAAUAAUAAACUCUUAGCGAUGAAAAAAUUUUUAUUCUUUGGUUGUCGAGGAAACAGUCUACUUCCAGUUCCGUACAUCUGUCCAGGGCUCGAAAUAGAAAUAAAAAUGGCAAAACAUUUUAAAAAAUGUUUUUGGCAUGACAUGAUUUUGGCUGAGCAAAAUUUCCCCUGCCAUUCUAUUUUUUACGUGGCAGUUCAAAAUGUUUUUUUUUUUAGCCUGUCAGUAUUAAAAUUCGACCUGCAUUUUGGCCAUUGGCAGGCCGCUAUUUCGAGCCCAGAUCUCCUCUACUCAAACUCACGUUAACUCAUAGAUAGGGAUACCCGGAAACUAACUGGCUGCCUUAAUAUGUAAUCGUGGCUGAUGUAAAUAAAGCAAGCUUACACAACAA